AUGGCAAAAAAAGGAGAGUACGACGGCCUGGAUUCUGAUACUAUGAGAUCAUGCAAAGAAAAUCCAACGAGAAAUGCUGGUAUUUUUUCCGUCCUUUUCUAUCGGUGGGUUGGAGAGUUGGUUGCCAUUGGUAACAAGCGUCCAAUUGAAGAUGAUGAUCUUUUCCCUCUACUUGACGAGGAUAAAACUGAAACUUCAGCUGAAAAACUCAAGCGGACGUGGGGCGAAGAGAACGAAAAACGUGCUUCUACGACAGACAGAAAAGGUUAUCGACUCUUCAGAGCACUUAUCCGAAUGUUUCAUUGGAGUUAUCCAUUGUUUGUUGUGAGCACUGCUUUGCUAGCCGGCGUUUGUAAUGUCCUUCAAUGCGUGUUUCUGAGUUUCUUGUUGACGCAGUUCGUGAAGUCUUCCUCUUCAGACCGCUGGUUGACGUACAUCUAUGCUGCUGGAAUUUGUCUAAGUUCAUUAGUGCGUGUCAUUGCCACUCAGCAAUGGAAGUUUCAUGCUUAUCUAAUAGCCCUCAGGUGGAAAUCAGGAACAGUUGCUAUCAUUUAUGAAAAGGUGAGUGAGGUACUUUAUAGUGGACCACUUUUUAUGUAUUUGCGUUCAUAUUUAAGUACCCGAGGCUUUAGGGCUACCGUCACAGGUCGAAGUGACUGUGCCUACCACAUCCACUUUCUUACAUCUAGGGUUUGAAUUAAUUUUUUCAAGGGUAAAAGAGCUAUUUAACAGCAUUGAAAUUGAAAUUGUAAUUGUAAGUAGCAACAGGGCGGUGCCUAGCAUGGGUCUAGGGUCCCGUUUGCACUUGCCCUUUUGGGAAUCAGCAAUUGUUUUUAACUAUUCUUGUACCUAUAAUUUAUUAGUUUUAUUUCCUUAAUUAUACGUCUUCUUGUAAAUUCUAUCGUGAUUGCAUCUUGCGCCAAUAAAGUGUCAAAAAGAAAAAAAACCCUCCGGAUAUACAAUCAACUCUUGCUGAGUCUUAGAGAGAUGUCCGUCUUAUAGAGAGUUAAAUAAAGGGAGAAAAGAAAGGCAGGGACCAACUCUAGGUGUCCGUUUUACAGAGGUGUUCGUCUUAUAGAGGUGUCCGUUAUGUAUAACGAACGGUUUAACGAGCUCAGUCUUUGCCCCCGUAAAAGUGAACAAUAUAAAAUAUGGAACAGAACCUCGAUAUAACGAAACUUCGUUAUGGGGAACGUAUUUUGCCAGUCCCUUGGCCCCCUGUUAUGUCGAGGCUUCACUGUCAUGGUAGCCUCCCCCGCAAACGUUCUUAGGGGUUGGUCACGCGUUCCUGCCCCACUAACGUCUGCUGAAACGAGUGGUUAAAUUCCUUUCCCAUCGUUCGCAAAUAUCGGCUGGAGCUCGCGUGCAGAUUAUCGGAGAACCAAUCGGCGCUGUUGAAUUCAAAGUGUUAACAAGCCAAACACAUACAUACAAGCUCGGAAGAAUGUGAUACGUGACAAAUAGCUUGUUCCAGGCUCUCAGAUAGCGGGGAAUACGCGAAAGUAAAAGGCUCGCGAAAAGUUGGCGAGACGGGAAAAAGACAAAGGAAGGAGAGCCUGUAAUCAUUUCUUUUACCACCCUCUUCUGCCACUUUUGACACGUUUGAGAUAAUUAGAUUUCGGCUGUCAAACUGUUGAAAAGUCAUUGAGUUGGAAUCUUUCUCAGGAUUGCAAAGACAUAGUCUUUUCCACGCCCCAAGUUCACAUGUUUGAGAGCAGCUGUUCCUUCGUCAGCGCUCCUAUGUAGCCCUAUGUGCGGGAAAUUUCGUAAACAUUCCUUCAACCGACAGAAGUUACCAUGUAUCCCUCUAUUUCACGCGGGUGGACGCCGCACGCCAUCUUUCUGAUUGAAAGGAACGACCUGCUUCGAGAGUGUUGAUCAGUAACCUGUCAAAUCUUACCAAUAAGAGGGUAUACCAGGUACCAGGAGCUGCUAUACCGGAACGGGUCAUUUAAAAAAAUGAUUACAGCUUCACCCGCCGCUCCUCUUCCCAGUUUUAUCCCGUUUUAUUUUCGUGUACGCCCUUUCAGUAUUAUCAUUAUUAUUAUUAUUAUUAUUAUUAUUAUUAUUAUUAUUAUUAUUAUUAUUGUUGUUAUAGCUUAAAAGAAGUUGUUUAGGCUACCAAUGAACAACAUUAAUUCAAUCAAGAUUGCUUGCUGCUAACCUGCCAUCAAGAGAUCUUUCUCCCCUUUUUGUUUGGGAGACGAGGAGCAAAAAAAACGCCUCGUCGCAGGUUGGCUUGCUUUUUUUAAAUAACGAUAUCAUAUUUCCUAAAUACAGGUGUUGAGUUUGAAUCAAGAAGAUUUAUUAAAUGUAUCAAGUGGCUGGAUCAUCAACCUUGUGGCUGGUGACCUUCAACGCUUUGAACUUUCGGCCCAUAGUUUUGUCGACCUGGCUGAAGCUGUACUUGAAGUGACUGGUAUCUCUUGCCUCAUGAUGUACUUAUUUGGCUGGAAACCUCUGUCAGGAGUAGGCUUCAUGGUCAUUCUUGCAAUGUAUUACGCAGUGACUGGACAAAUAAGCUUAAAACUGCGAACAAAAAUUUCUCAUGUUGCGGAUCUGCGCGUGGAUAUGAUGAACUCCAUCCUAUCUGGAAUUCGUUCCGUCAAGAUGUAUGCUUGGGAGGGAUCAUUCAUGGAAAAAGUGAAACGGCUGCGAAGGUAUGUAAACGCACAACUCUUGCUCUCAAAUAAAUUGUUUCAAACGCACCAAAUACAGGCUAGGACUGCUAGGGAGUCAUUCUGCUACAUCGAUGUAAAGAACAAAACAAACUAAACAAACACCUGCCGCACUGCCGGUCGCAAAUUAUUAUUUAUUAUCAGCUAACAUGAAGAAGGGUCUCAAUGGGGUGGUAGCUUUGACAGUUGAUUGUUAAUUUUCUCCGAUUUUGAGGGUUGACGGUUAAAUUUUAGAACUUUUGACGGUUGACAGUUAUGAAGUGGAAAUUUAGUCCAAGGGUUUACUAGUACGGUACUAAUAUUAACCUAUGUAUAAAUUUAUAUCAACUGUUGCAUGUUUUGGAGUUUGUCUUGGCCCUCUUUGGACAGCAGUUCAGUGCUUUUUGUUCGACUUGUCACGAGCUUUAAAGCAGGAUUCGAGUUAUAGAGGGUAAAAUUGCAUAGAAAAAAUCAAGGGCACCCAACGUCAAUUUUCGGAAAAAAGCUGUUUGGAAGACGAUUUGAGACCUAGAAUUUUCGGAACAUUUGUAGUGAAAUUUCUUGCUUGCCUGCCUCUGCUAGGAUUUUCGAACAUAUAAAAAGAUGGUAUAAUUGCCCAUUUUUACGGGAUUUUUACCCUAAAAGGUCACCUAGAAUUUUCGGGAGCCUUUGUUAGCUUUUGUUUUUGGCUGAAAUUUUCGAAAAGGUAAGUUUUGAUCCCUAUAAUUUUCGGAUCACUAGACUUUCAGCUAGGAAAUCGGAACAGAUGAAAAAUUUUUAGGGGACAAAAAUAUGCCUAAAUCUACCGUUUAAAUACUAGAGUACGUUUUUUGCUCACUAAACUAGCAAAAUGUACAGUGAAUAUCGCUUUGAAGGUUACUUUAACCGUUUUGUGUGUGGGUGUAUCUGUGUUUCUUUGUGUUCUAACUGCAUUUCAAGCCUGCGAGGCACUGUUUAAUACCUUUUUAGAGCGACAGGUUUUCACCCAGAUGAGCGAUGUUGUUUAGGCCGUGUUGCAGUGCUCACAUAGUGAGCUUGGGCUACCUGCACGGUGCCUUCAGAAUUCAGUCGGUUUUUUUCUUUAAAUAAAGUGAAAAUAGAAGAAUCUUUAAGUAUGGCUUAAAUACAUCGAUCAUUCAAGGAUAUGGUAGCGCCUUAGCUGUCAAACUGCUUAUAAUCUCCAUAUUUUUACGCAAAAAUUCAAAAUGUACCGCAACGCCCUUGAACAGUUUUUGCAAAUAUUGAGGAUACACGUUCUCUUGUUCUUCCAGGAUAGAAAUCAACCUGAUCAGAAUGAAAACAGUGAUAGGGGCAAUCUAUUGGUCUCUCUUUUUCUCCGGUCCUCUAAUAGCCACCUUCUUCUCCCUUGUAACGCUGGCGGCCACAAGAACUGAACUGACUGCCUACAGCACUUUUAUGAUUGUAUCACUUAUCAGCGCCUUAAGGACCACCGUCACGUGGAAUAUUGCAAAACCAGUUGGUAUACUGGCUGACUUUGCUGCAGCACUGGCUCGUAUCCAGGAGUUUCUCGAAUUUAAAAACAAAAAAACUCACAAAUACCUAAAAGAUGCCUUCGGCGAUGAGAUAAGAGAAAGAGAGAUCUCCAGCAAGACUAAUUACUCAGGUUUUGAUGACGUAAAUGAAUCAGUAACCCGGUCGUCUAGUAAAGAUGUUGCUUUGCUAUUGAAGAAUGUCGCAUGUAGUUGGACUGGCACGUGGAAUAAGUUGACUUUGAAGUGGUUGAAUUUAUCCGUCGAAAACGGUGACCUCGUCUUCAUCACAGGUCCUGUAGGUUGCGGCAAGUCGUCCUUCCUGUACGCUAUUUUAAAGGAAAUUUCGCUUUUGUCUGGCAGUGUAUCGUGUCAUGGUAAAAUUGCCUGGGUCGGCCAGCAACCAUGGGUGUUCGCGGGUACCGUGCGAGAAAAUAUCUUGUUUGGUGAAAAGUUCGACCCACAAAGGUACCUUUCGACAAUCGAGGCGUGUGACUUGAUCAAAGACUUUCAAAGAUUCCCGGAUGGUGAUAUGACGCUCGUUGGAGAGCGAGGAAUAGUACUUAGUGGUGGUCAGCGGGCUCGUGUUGAAUUGGCACGCGCAGUGUACUCCAAUGCUGAUAUAUAUCUUUUGGAUGAUCCUCUGAGCGCAGUUGAUGCAAAGGUUGGACAGCACGUUUUUGAAACAUGCGUCCAUGGAUUAUUACGCAAAAAAACUCGGAUAAUGGUCACGCAUAAUCUUCAGGUUCAAAGAGAUGCCGACGACAUUGUGUUAAUGAAAGAAGGUACUAUUUUAGAAAGAGUCAACUUUAUGUCAUUGUGGAAGUCAGAUAUGGGCUUGAAUGAAAUAGAGACGUACACUGAUAAGAAGAAAAAAAUUAACACAGCACAGGAGAGUACAUUACCUCCAAACAAGUCAGGCGACCAAACAACCGUGGACGGAGAAUCUGGUAUGGAAAAUGCCGAAGAAGAUCGUGAAGUCGGUUCCAUCUCUUGGAAGUUAUAUUGGCAUUACAUACGAGCUGGAACGGGUGCCAUUUUAGCUGGGGUCAUGUUCGCCUUUUUUCUUCUUGUCCAAGGUUGAGUAUAAGUUCAGUUAUUCUGUAAGAAAGUGUUUUAUCAUAUGGCUACAAUAGUACGCGCGUUCUGAUUGGCUGCUUUCUUGUAAGGAACGGGCAUUAUUUUCUUGUAAUGACCGGGUAUUACUAGCUAGGUGUCCAAUGCAUAUACAAUCUGUGUUUAACUUGAUAGUGGACAUCCUUAUGGACAUCCAUGUUAUGGUCAGUUGACAGCUGUUAAAAAGGGCAUCCGCUGAACAGUGUCACCUGACCUGACGGUAUCGCCGGCUCAAGUGUACUGCUCAAUGAGAUGACGAGUUUUUUAAAGUUAUCGGUUGACCAGUUGUAGGUUUUAAUUGAUCGCAGGCUCAGGUCCAUAAUGAAAAGGCCAUAUAAUAAAUAACUUAUUAACCUCGUCCGUUCGGUCAUUGUACCUGGGGGCCGGGGGCAAACCCCAUAAUAAUAUUGUUAUAUAGGGUAUUUUACGCGGGAUACGGUGUGGUAUUGCAACUUCUUAGGCCCAGGCCAAACGUGAAGCAGAGUGAGUUACUGGGUUACUGGUUUUCACAUCCGGUUAAGUUCGCGUCCGAAUGAGUUUGGACUGUCCACUGACAACGUUCUAUCCGUCUGAGGCAGACGGGAGAUCGUCUCCGAGACAAACGUCUAUCCUCACAUGCAGAACUAAAGUAUUAAAUUAAAAAUUUGUACGAUAAUGUAUAUUUAGCCUUGUUUGGGAGAAAAUUUAUUACUGAUCUGAAAGCUGAAUCCAUUAAUUCGAAUAACUAGUUAAUGAUUAGACCCCAUGAAAGUAGCUUGAUCUGGCAAAACUGGCGACUAAAAGAAGCGCAAGACUAACGAAUGAACCUGUCUUAACUUCUUUACAUAUUAAUCAUGAAGCAUCCUUGGUUCUUCCCGACUGGUGGCUUCUUCAAUUGACCAGUAGAUCACAUGAUCCCCGCAGUCAAAGUCAAGAUUUUUUCAUAUAUGGUUACCUGGUUGGUGCAGCUUUCUUAUUGUCAACUGCCAGAGCGGCCACGUUCCUGUUCGCGUUGAUUAACUCAUCGAUGAACCUUCAUAACUUAAUGCUGUCGGCGGUGGUAAAAGCUCCAGUUUUGUUUUUUGACACCAAUCCAGUUGGACGAGUGUUGAACAGGUUUUCCAGAGAUAUUAACAUCAUGGAAGAAUUACUGCCAGAAGUAUUCCUGAUGGCCUGCGGGGUAGCCCUGUUAUGCAUUGGAGCAAUCAUACUUCAAUCCGUGUUAAUCCCCUGGAUAAUACUGCCAGCAUUCCCGCUCAUGGUUAUUUUUGCCUUGAUUGGUCGAUAUUACCUCAAUCCAUCACGUGACUUGAGGCGUCUAGAGGGAAUCAAUCGAAGUCCAGUGCUAUCUCAUUUGAGUAACUCGUUGGAGGGACUGGUGACCAUUCGAACUUACAACAAGGAAAGUGGGUUUAUGGAAGCUUUGUACAGGUUUGUGUUUAUUAACCUUAUCCUACAAUACUGAAAAGACUUUUGCUGAUAUAUUUCUCGAUCUCCGAUCAGGAUUAAACGUAUCGCAAGCUCCAUAACCAAGAGCGAGGAAUUUCUUUUAUUCGUGUCACGGCGUUUCCACCGACCAAUUUAUUAUUUUUAAAACGAUUUUGAAACAAAUUUGGAAUAUCUUUUGAGUUUCACAAACCAGUCAUCAAUAACUUACAGACCUAAAAAUAAUAUUUUUGCCAAUGACGUAUUGUUUUCCAUUUUUAUAUCUAAGCUCUUUAAGGGAGUGUACUUUCAAUUUUCUCGUGAAAAAGUAUACUAAGAUGUAUCUUAAAAUAAACCGGUCCGUAAAAACGCCGUGACAUAAGCCUAGUAUGGGAAUUGCUUGUUCUGGGUUUUGGGUUCUUGUUAGAUGUCAUUUAUCAGACGCAAAUUAUACCACCUUGAAACAUCCAUAUCUAUAAGGACUGAGCCACUACAAAGCAGACUUUUCGAGCUUGAUAUAGAUAAUCGUUUGACUUAAAAACUCUCCACCAAUCAGGGCUUCCCACCAGAUUAUCUCUUCCUGCAAUAGAGAGCUUUAAAUACACGUUUACGGCAGACAGAAAACGACAGAUUCAAGUUGACAAUUUCUCAAAAUAGGAAAUAAGCAUAUAUGCUACUGUGAAAAAUAAUUCUUACGUUUGAACCCCGGCGCGAGCAGCCACUAGCCUGCCAUCAAGCUCUCUAUUUGGGGGAGUCGCGAGAAGCCACGCGUGACACGCUCACGGCUUCCGCUUUCUUGCGUGUUAUCUAGCGGCACGCUUCGCUCGCCAAAAAUGGAUAGCUUCCCCACAGGCUAACCUUACAUGAUCAGUAAACGACAUUCGUAAAGGAGGGACGUGGUCACGUGGUGCAAACUGGCGUUUGCUGUAUAAACAUGGUUUCUCUUUGACUGAAACUGGAGUUGAAGAAUACGGGAAGCCCGAGUAUGGGGCGUUGGCCUUUCGGGCUCAACCUUGUUCUUAGGGUUCUUUCCUACCCGUCUACUAGUAGAAAGAACCUGGAAACGAGGUUGUUUGGGGCUGAGCUUCUUCCGGUUGGGACGACAAUGGAUACCUUAAAAACAGGUUGGACACAAUAUGUUUAUUACACAACGCUAUACUCGUCGUAGAAAAACAUUUAUGCCAAUUUACUGGGCACGUUUUUUGAGAAAAGUGCGGAAAUCAGAGUAAAAGACAGUUGUGCAAGGAAAAGAGCUGAAUACAAGGUUUAGCACCGAAGUUCAGUGAUUAGGGUUAAGUACUGAUUAAAAACGGUUAAUAAUCAAUGCCAUGUAAAGUACGUUAAAAUUAACUGGUGUCGGCAGUUAUCCCUUGAUGGUUAGGGGAUGUGGAUUAUACAUCAAAUGUUGCGGGUUCAAGUCCUACGCACUACCAACUGUUUUCUUCCGUUUUCGUUCUUAUCUUAUGACUCCUAUCAUGUAUUUUGAGUGAAGAUGACGACCUGAUUCUGGUGUUUCCACUCUAGUCACAACCCUGAGUUUCCUCGGAUCAGUAAACCAUUAAGGGGAGUACCCCGGGUUUCUUUCAAUAAGAUUAAAAGCCAAACAUGUUUAAUAGCUUUCAUCAAAGGGAUUGAAUACCCGGUUUUUGAUUUGCUUUAUUGUCAGAUACCAAGAUGACCACAAUCGAGCCUGGUUUGCCAUUUCUGCAAUGUCUAGAUGGCUAGGUAUCCGUCUGGACGUGAUCUGCGUCACCUUUGCGUCCUUUGUCGUUUAUAUUGCAAUCAUUACUCAGUCUGAAGCAGGUAAAUUGAAACAACACAAAUGACCAGCAGGGGCACCCAACGAGGAUAUAGUUCAAAACCACUUAACAUAGCAUUGUUGAACGUAUUUUAGUAUUCAAACGGUAAAUAUAGGCAUAUUUUUAUCUCCUGAAAACUUUUCAAACUGAAAGUCUAGUGAUCCGAAAAAUAGGGAUUAUUUGACCGAAAAGGCUUUUUUUAAAAUUUGGGUAAUUUACCAUUUUGUCGAUGUUCGAAAAUUGGCAAGCAAGUCGAAAACUCUAAUCUAAACGAACAAAUUUUCCCGAAAAUGGACCAGUUAGAAUUUGUUACCCAUAAUUGUCAUAAUUAAACACAAAUUAAUGCUUGCAAAGAGACUUUUCUGAAAGCAGCGUUUUAAUGUUAGACAUGAUGGGUGAAUAAAUUAGCCGAUAAAAGACAUAAAAAUACUGAUAAUUAUGAAAUUGUGAAUUUCACAACUUCAUGGUUUGACUCAGAGAACACUAUUAAUAUUUUUUCCUAGCCUUAUUAUCGUACGUCCUAUAUUUUUUUACAAGUUCACUUGUAACAUUUUUAUAAGUUCUGAUCUAACAUUGUGUUUUACUGAUAUAAGCUUAAAAGGUAGAAGAAAAGGCAUAAGAAGCGAAAAUUAUAUUGUGACUAGCACUUUUUUUUUGGCAGGGAUUGCAGCAUUAUCCAUUGUAUACGCCCUGCAGUUCGCCGUUGACACAUCCCAGUAUGUCGUUAGGAUGUGGUCAGAAACAGAAAAUUACAUGACAUCAGUUGAGCGCGUCGUCAAAUACAGUCAAAUAGAGCAAGAGCCUGGGUACCAGAAUCAGCGACAGCCUCCAGAACACUGGCCGCAGUACGGUCAAGUACAAAUAAAAGAUCUGGAACUUGUUUACUACCACGGCGGACCCAAAAUACUUCAAGGUGUCACUUUUACCAUUAAUCCACACGAGAAGAUCGGAGUUGUUGGUCGCACUGGCGCUGGCAAGUCUUCACUGAUUGCAGCCCUGUUUCGUAUGCCUCAACCCACUGGUUACGUCAUCAUCGAUGACGUCAAUGUCAGUGAUGUUAACAUUCAAAGUUCUCGCCGAGCCAUGGCAGUUAUUACCCAGAAUCCAGUUCUGUUUACGGGUACACUGCGCAUGAAUUUGGAUCCUUUUGAGGAACACGAAGACAAGGAAAUCUGGAAUGCUUUGAAGGAUGCGAGUUUGGGAGCCAUGGCGAAAAAUCUACCGCUGCAACUGAACCAGUUGGUUAAGGAAAGCGGCAGCAAUUUCAGCACCGGAGAAAGGCAACUUUUGUGUCUGGCUCGUGCUUUAUUGAGGAAGAACAAAAUCAUAGUAAUGGAUGAAGCAACGGCAAAUGUGGAUCACAAAACAGAUCAAUUAAUUCAGGAAACAAUUCGCACGAAAUUUAAAUGUUGUACUGUGAUUACAGUUGCCCAUCGAUUGAACACAAUCAUGGAUUAUGAUCGAAUUUUGGUCCUGGAUCACGGGAGAGUUGUUGAGUAUGACAAACCAGAAAUUUUACUUCAGAACGAAGAAGGGCAUUUCGCUAAACUUUGUCGUAAGUAUGCCGAUGAUAAUGCCGACCAAUAUCAAUAA